UUUCCCCUUGCCGCUCUGGCUUUGCCCCCGCUGUUUGAUCGAUAAACGAGGACAAAUGCGGGACGACUUUCAGUCGACUGAAGUUGGCUAGCUUGUUCGAAAAGAACACCGCGCGCGUUGGCCACAGUGGUUUAGCUGGUUAAAGCAGCAAAGUAAUUCAAUCGAGAAGAAUGUCGCUGCCCAUAGUGUUCGUGACGGGCAAUGCGAAGAAGCUGGAGGAGUUUAUCGCCAUUUUGGGGAAAGAGUUUUCUCGAUGUAUAACGAAUAAGAAGAUCGAUCUGCCUGAGUAUCAAGGCGAGGUGGACGAUAUAUGUCGAGACAAGUGUCGGGCUGCAGCGAAUCUAGUGAAGGGUCCGGUGAUCAUCGAAGAUACCUGCCUCUGCUUUAAUGCUCUGAAAGGCCUGCCGGGACCUUACAUUAAGUGGUUCCUCGAGAAACUGGGCCCCGAGGGUCUUCACAGAAUGCUCCACGGAUUUGAGGACAAAUCGGCGGAAGCGAUUUGCACGUUCGGUUACUGCUCCGGCGAAGGCGCCGAGGUCCACCUGUUCCAAGGCCGGACUCAGGGUACCAUUGUGAGUCCGCGAGGUUCCAGGGACUUCGGCUGGGACCCUUGUUUCCAACCGAUGAACUACGACAAGACCUACGCGGAACUGCCGAAGGAAGAGAAGAACAAGAUCUCUCAUCGCAGCAAGGCGAUAGAAAAGCUGAAAGAUUUUUUGAGAAAAAAUGAGAAUAUUUAACUUUUUAUUGCGUUUACAUGUAAAAUACAAUUUAAACUACAUUUAAGGUAUCACGAUUUUCGCGAGUAACUGCCUAUUGCCCCAUACUUGAAUCAUUUGACAACCGUAACCAAGCGCGCGAGGCUCAGCUUCAAGUACGGCAAAGUGAAAAUCGUGGACAGCUCUGAAUUGUAAACGAAUGAAUGGUAUAAAUUCGUGAGUCACUGAAUCAUAUUUCGUGAGAAAUAUCGAAAAUUUGUGUUUUGUUGACAAUUUUAUUUUCAGUUGCCAUUAUUUGGUUUGAACUCAAUUAACUUUUUAACACGUCACAAAGCGUUAACAGAUCAGAUCAGUAAAAUACUAUUCCUAUAUUAGUAUUAUAUUUUUUACUGUACAACUGUAGUUAAUUAAAAAAAAUGAUAACUGAAA